UCAUGAGAUGCGUAAUGAGCAGCUGGGUAUGAACUCUGCUCGGACUCGAAGUCGAAAGUCAGUAGUUGUAGUCCACGAGCACUGGAGAAAGUCAGUGGGGGUCCCACCUGCAUGCCUACCGUUCUCUAUCGUCUUGUGGACUCCCCUAAAUGAAAAAUAAAAUGUCACCUUCGGUGUCCCCUCGCUUUUUUUCCGAAAAGGAGGUAGCCAAACAUUGCACCAAGGAAUCGUGCUGGGUGUUGUUAGGGACGCGCGUCUACGAUGUGACCGGGUUCCUCCGGAUGCACCCGGGCGGAGAGGCGCUCAUCCUUCGCCGCUCUGGCAGGGACAUCAGUCCCGAGAUCGAAGGACCCCCACACCGGCACUCGGAGAACGCCCGGCGCUGGAUGGAGCAGUACUACAUCGGUGAACUCGACAGAGACAGCACAGAUGAAGAUACGGGGACUCUGAGACAGAGGAAGAAGAUCGCCGAAAGCACCACAGAAGAAGAAGAAACCUCGGCCAUCAAUAAGUGCAGCAAAGUCGAUGAAGAAACGGAUCUGGUAGACUGGCGGAAGCCACUGGCCUGGCAGGUCGGAUAUCUCGGAGAGAAAUAUGACACGUGGGUCCAUCAGCCUGUGGACAGACCGAUCAGGCUGUUCGAGAAUGACUUUUUCGAGGCCAACACAAAGACCUCAUGGUAA